UUCUCUCCGUCACACACACACACACUUUCUGCCUCACACAAACACAGAGACACACACAGGAGGCGGUUCUCUCCAGUCGCUCUCCAUCAGAAACAACUGACAGCCAGGCAGGCUAGCUGCAUCCUCUGGUAGCUAUAGCAGCAGCGCAGACAGCUACUAGCCGCCUCUAUUGUCUGCUGCAUCUGUCAGCUGGCCGCCUGAUACGUGGAGCCUUUUGUGUCUCCCGAGAGUCCCGACUCCCAUUUGUGCUCUCUAUUGCGGGGGCUAAAGGAAACAACCAACAGCCACACCAAUGGACAUGAUGGGGAAGAAAGAACGCAGGGGCUGGGACUUCAAAGGCUUGCUGAAGAGGAACUGGCUGCUUAUUGCAACCAUUGUGUCGGUGCUGUUAGGGAUAGGUCUUGGGGUGGUGGUCAGGGAAUAUGCCUCCCUCUCCCACCUUCAUAAGCAGUAUUUUGGCUUCCCGGGAGAGAUCCUGAUGCGGAUGCUCAAGCUGGUCAUCCUGCCCCUAAUCAUCUCCAGCAUGAUAACAGGAGUAGCCGCCCUGGAUUCGGAAGUUUCUGGAAAGAUAGGUUUGAGGGCUGUGGUGUAUUACUUCUCCACCACCAUCAUCGCAGUUAUUCUGGGUAUUGUAUUGGUGAUGACCAUCAAGCCUGGUGUCUCUCAGGAGGCCGAACAUAUCGACAGGACAGGGACCACGCCAAACGUCACCACUGUCGACACUCUACUGGAUCUUGUCAGAAACAUGUUUCCUGAAAACCUACUGCAGGCUUGUUUCCAACAGUACAAGACAAAGCGCAAAGAGCUGGAACCACCUAAAGUGAAGGGGAACACUACAAUUACAAUGUUCCCUCCUCUCUCUACCGCUGUCAUGGCAACCAUUUUCCCCCCAGAGAACAUCACCAAGGACUAUAAGAUAGUCGGGUCAUAUUCUGAUGGGAUCAACGUGCUGGGCCUCAUCGUGUUCUGUGUGGCGUUCGGCCUUGUCAUCGGCAAGAUGGGCGAAAGGGGACGCAUUCUGCUGGAAUUCUUUGACGCUUUAAACGAGGCCACCAUGAGGCUAGUCCAGAUUAUCAUGUGCUACAUGCCAGUGGGGAUACUCUUCCUCAUAGCUGCCAAGAUCAUUGAGGUAGAAGACUGGGAGAUCUUCAGAAAGAUGGGCCUGUACAUGGUGACAGUGCUGAGUGGCCUAGCUAUCCACUCCACCAUUUGUCUGCCGUUGAUCUACUUUGCCAUUGUGAGGAAGAACCCGUAUACCUUUACCUUAGGGAUGGCCCAGGCACUGGUCACUGCUCUAAUGAUCUCUUCCAGCUCUGCCACCCUGCCGGUCACCUUCCGCUGUGCCGAAGAGAACCUCCGGAUCGACAAGAGGAUCACCCGCUUCGUGUUGCCUGUGGGCGCCACUAUCAACAUGGAUGGCACGGCUCUCUACGAGGCGGUUGCUGCCAUCUUCAUUGCCCAGCUCAACGACUACUCUCUGGAUGUGGGUCAGAUUGUCACCAUCAGUAUAACAGCAACAGUAGCCAGCAUCGGAGCUGCCGGUGUACCUAACGCUGGACUUGUCACCAUGGUGAUUGUGCUGACUGCCGUUGGGCUACCUGCAAAUGAUGUCACUUUAAUUGUUGCUGUGGAUUGGCUACUAGACCGCUUCCGCACCAUGAUCAACGUGCUGGGGGAUGCCUACGGAGCUGGCAUUGUCCAGAAGCUGUCCAGGCGGGAGCUGGAGAGGAUGGACAUCACCUCGGACGUGGACGUGACCAACCCCUUCGUCCUGGAGACCACGCUGGACGAUGAGGAGUGUGAGAAAAAGUCUUAUGUCAACGGCGGCUUCACCAUCGACAAGACCGACGCCAUCUCCUUCACCGAGACUUCACAGUUUUAGGAAGGAGGGCGGGGAGCCAAGAAGUGCCAUUGCUGCUAGAUGUUAGCCUGGUGGUCCCAUCCUGUUUGUAAGCAUGUUUCUAGAUCUGUUUGUGCUGUCUUGCCAACCCCUAUGGUCAUUGGCGUGACAACGACUAUUGGUGUUGGCGAGACAACACAAACAGACCUGGUACCAGGCUAGUCUGUUUGUGAUUUAGCCAACUCCUGUCUAUGUUCGUUCAUUGCCAUGUAUACAGUGUAGUACGGCUUGACAAGGAUAGAAGAGUUGGCUAUAGCCAGGGGUGAAAGUCAAUUUAAUUUCUUCCCAGUACGGGACCGCCUAUGUGUGUACGCACUUCAUCAUAGAAUUGCAUAUAGAAUCCCUAUUCAUUCGUAAAGAUUUGUGUGGCGCAGCGGUCUAAGGCACUACGGUGCUUGAGAUGUCACUACAGAUCUGGGUUCAAUCCCGGGCUGUGUCCCAGCCGGCUGCGACCGGGAGACCCGUGAGGCGACGCACAAUUGGCCCAGUGUCGUCCAGGCUAGGGGACAGUUAGGCCGGCUGGGAUGUCCUUGUCCCGUCACACUCUAGCGACUCCUGUGGCAGGCCGGGCGCAUGCACGCUGACACGGUCGCCAGUUGGACGGUGUUUCCUCCGACACAUUGGUGCGGCUGGCUUCAGGGUUAAGCGAACAGUGUGUCAAGAAGCAGUGCGGCUUGGCAGGGUCAUGUUUCGGAAGACGCGCGGCUCUCGACUUUCGCCUCUCCCAAGUCUGAACGGGACUGUAACUACCAAUUGGAUAUCACCAGAAAAAGGGGUAUAAUGUUUUGUCAUUAAAAAAUGUAAAUGUGGCAUAAACACAACACAACAUUAUGUUUUAAUCUGUUUGUCCAACAAUCACUUCAAAAGGGCUCCUUUAGCCUAUUAGUCUACUCGUACACUCAAAAUAUAUUUCCAGCCUCCAAACAGUGGUGAAUGGAAAGAGACACAAAACACCACAAAGUGUAAUGACAUUUUGACAAUCGUCAUUAGGCCAGAAUCUGUGCGCCCACUGCUGUUCGUUAGCGUCUUGGUGUCGGCCAUUCAACUCUGCCUUGGGAAAAUGUCAGUGUUCUUGUCGAGCCACAUCGCAUUUUUGGAGCGUAGGCUAUCCCACCCGUUCAAGUCCAUUUGCUCAUUUUUCAUGCCUCUGACAUGCGGUAGCCUAUUGAUAAAUAAUGGUGUAAUGGUUCUUGAAAUUAUUUUCUUGAAAUAUUGUGACAAGCUCAUGUUUACCAGUACGGCAUAACCCCACUAUUUAUUUUGCUGGGACGCCAUACUGGACCGUACCGUCUUGCUUUCAUCCCUGGCUAUAGCACAUACAGUAUACGACCAGACUUGGUAGAAAUGUGAGGGGGGUUCGAAGCUAUUCAUAAAACCAGCGCUUGUAAAAGGGAGGAAAAAAACAUGACAUGAGACACUUUCAAGCUCGAACGUUUGCAACAUUCGCCACCAUGUGUUUUCUCUAAGAGCUAUCAUCCUGCUUUUUAACCACGAGCGGAAAUCCUUCAAAUGAGCUGGAAAGUGUCUGAAUUGGCACCCUAUUCCCUAAAUAACACUGGUCAAAAGUAGUGCACUAUGUAGGGAAUAAUGUGCCCUUUCAGACAGUCCCAUGCUCUCCUUUACUAAAAGCGCUUCCAUCGUUAUGUUGACAUAAUGAACACAGUCACUUUUGAACAAAUCAAUACUUUUGUUAUUGUUUUUACAUAAAGGGAACUAGGAUAUGGGGACUACAAGAGGAGUCAAGAGCUUUUGAAAUUCAUACCUCCACCGUGGGUGUGUUCUGGUGGUCGUUUGUCUGUUUGUAUUUGUGUCUGAGAAAACGUAAAUAAUAUAUCGCCGGGCUGAGCUGUGUAAAUGUAUUGCAAAAAAGAGCAUGGAAGAAGAAAUACAACUAUAUUCCAGACGUUCAAUAUACUGUGUAUUGCAAAGAUUCAAACAGACUUUCAUAAACUACAGUGUUCCGCUUUGUUUUGCCCUCCGGAAGAUAACUACUCUUUACAAACGUCUUUUAAUUUUUGCCAAAAUUCUUGACAAUUGUGUGUGUAUUGUUAAUGUUAUUAAGCUUCCUGUGUCCAACUGUAGAUUUACAACAUGUGCCAAACAUCAUAUUCAUUCAUUCACUUUGUAUCAUUCCAUGCACAUUUUUUCAUUGCAUGAAGCAAUAUGGCAAAGAAAUACAGUGAAACUUGUAAUGAACAUAGACUUGCUAUACAGUAUGUAUUUUUCAAGUGACAAAUGGCCUUUAGUAAGACAAUAGAGUUGAUGGCACAAUAACGAGGCUUUGGAAGUAAGACUUAAUUGAAUACUGUUAAAUAUUUGGAAAUAUUUUCAUAAUGAAUUGCUAAAGAGUUAACGCUUAGCCCUCGUUAAGGGGUGCUAUAUGGAUGACUUAAGUAUUUAAGGAUGGUCUUAGCGACAAAGGCUUUCUGAUAGCGAACGCUAACUAUAAAAGCUUCAUGAUAGUUUGUCAGAGAAACAAUAGAAAAUGGUGGGGCCUCUGAAGCAAUGUUUCAGAAGACCCGGCAGUAGAAUCCAGGAAUGCAGUUGGGUGCAAUUCCAACUUUAACCAUGGAACCUUAGUUAAAUGAGAUUUUAGAAAACCUCAGAAUUAUGAGCUCCAAACAGCUCAUAAAAAGGCAUUAUGUACGUAAUCACUGUGUGGUGCGACAAAUUAAUUAUUUUAUGUAGCCUUACUUUAGCGAUAUGACCCUUUCUCAGCCUUCACGUCAGUUGCAAUCAAGGUGUUUACAUUUUUUUUUUGUAUAAUAAUGUCCAAUUUAUUUCCAUUUUUCAUCCCUUGAGGCAUGGGAUUAUUAAAACUGCCACUCAAUGUUACAGCUCAUUGCAAUCCACCCUCUGUGACUUGUUUUUGUUCUACCACAGUGGCAUAAGGGCCUAAUUUGAGAUAGUAGACAACUUUAAUAUAUAACAUUUCUGAAGCUGGCAAGAUAUUGGGUACUGGAAAGCAAAUUGAGGGCAAUUUGUAACAUUUGGUUAAUCAGAUGUGACUAAAAAAAAGCUUGUGAGUCAGGUUCUUCUGUACAUUUCAAAAGCACAUGAUGAUAUUAACAACAAAUCAAUAAAUGGCUAUAUUGUGUACCAUUCACAAAUCACCUCAGUAUAUGAAUCCACAUGUACUAGAUGUAUCUAACUGCAAGCUAAUAAAGACAAAUAUAACUUGGGCGUUUCUCUUUUGGAGGGGUUUCAAAAA